AUGAAAGUUGAAACUGCUCGUCCACGAAGUGCAUCGAAAUCCGUAACAAAUAAUAUGACGACAAGUGUUGGUCGUUUUUAUGAAAAACGACAACAAUUGUAUGGUGCUCUUGAUCAAUAUAGUAAAGUUUUAUCAUCGAAUCCCGAUGAUACAGCUACUUAUAUUGAUCGUUCACGUGUUUAUCUUAAAAUGGGUAGUAUUAAUAAAGCCCAACAAGAUACGGAUUUGGCAUUAAAUCUAAUUGGAGAGCCAGAAAAAAAUUCAAAUCUUCUUUUUUAUUAUGUUUGUUUACAGAAAGCUGAAGUUCUUUAUGCUGAUGGAGAAUUCGAAUUAGCGUUAAUGUAUUUUCAUCGUGCUAAUAAAGUUAAACCAGCACAACAAACAUGUAUCGAAGGCAUUCGAAAAACAACAGAAAUUCUUGAAUGUACUAUAUGUAAUCCACAUGUACAUUUAACAGUAAGCAAUAAUUUAGUUAAUGUUCAAGAAAAACAAAUCGAACAAAACGCAAACUUGCUCAAUCGACCGCCAAUACGAAAAUCAUUACCUUCGAUUGAAAUACCAUUAACAGAAUAUACAAACCGAGAAGCAAAUCGACUUUUAAUAGAAGUAGCAAAAGAUCGGAAAUUAUUAAUUAAUCUCUAUAAUGAUAAACAACCGUCUGUCGGUUUUACUGGAUUUGAUAAAGCAAAAGCUGAAGCACAUCAAGCUAUAUCGAUUAUCGAAUCUCAACUUAAAUUUCUUGAUAAAGCUGAAUGUCUUCAUGUUGACGGAAAUCUUAAACGAGAAAACAUGAUAUGCACAUCAGAAAUAGAUCGUAGUAAUCGUGUUCGAAUGGCUGAAGAAGAACUUGUGUAUUUACAAAAACUACCAUCGAAAGAGAAGAGUACAGAGAUUCUUUAUCGUGCAAUGAAAAUAAUUAAUUGUCUUCAUUCUUCUGAAAAUAUUUCCAACACACUUGACUCUCGUACUCGUCUGAUGCUUGCUGAAUCAUUUCGACUUGUAGGACAAUCUUACAAUGAAAUAAAAUUAUUUGAUCAAAGCUUUGAAAAUUAUAAACAAGCCUAUGAAAUUCUAGUACCAUUAAAAGAUGCUAAUUGCCUCUAUCGAGCUGCAUUUGAUGUAGCUCGAAGUUUAAUAUUAGCCAAUAAAUAUUCCGACGCAAUUGAAUCAUUUCAUGAAAUGCUUGACAAAGCAACGUCGGAUAGUGAACGUGCAUUUGUGAAUCAAUAUUUAAGUUUUUCGCAUUUAAAUCUAGCCAAUUAUGAUCAAGCAAAAAUAUAUGCCUAUGAAUGUCUUGAUUAUGCAACACUAUCCAAUGAAGAACUUUUUCGUAUUGAAGCAAAUAUUCUUUUAGGGAAAAUUUAUUUUGAAUUAAAAGAUUUUCAACGUGCCGAAGAAUAUAUUGUCUAUGCGCAAAAUCUUAAAGAUCAAUUAGGUGAUUUAAAUCAAAUGAAAUAUUUAGAUGAAUUAUUAUUAAACAUAAAAAAUCAUAAGGAGAAAAUUUUUCAAGAAAAUGUUUCUUCAUUUGUAAAAUUUGAAGAAAAAUAUUUAAAUAAACUAAAUGAUCAAUGGAUAUCAUCGAUUAUGCAAGAAAAUGAAAGCAAACAAAUUAAAGUCGAUGAUCAAUUCAUUCGAGAAUUUAAUAAUAAAACUAUUUCCAAUUGGCGCGUUCUUACACCAUAUUAUCGUCUGUUUGAUAUAUGUAUAGAACGUAAAAAGAAAAUUCGUCGAAAUAUCGAUCAUAUAAGACAACCAAUUACAGGUUCUUCGCCGAGUUUACCAUUAAUAUCAACAACAAAUAGUGCACUAGAAAAUACCCAAGAAAGUUUUUCGAAGACAUAA